AUGGCUUCGCUCCCCAAGCUCCGAACGGUCGACCAAGGCGCCACCGCCGGCAAGAAUGAAAAGCACUGCACCAUCAAGUUUGCGAACAGCACUGAGACCACUGUGGUUGUGAACAAAGACACCAUUGGUCAGCAGCUGUACGACGCUGCGGUCGCAUUCAUCAAGCUCGAGCCGCAGGAUGCCAACCUGUUUGGCAUUGCCCUGGUUGACAAGUACUCGGACGAGCUCUUCCUUGCGCUUGAUCGCAAGUUCUGGAAGCUGGUGCCCAGCAACAAGGCGCUGUUCACUGUCACGUUCAAGACCAUGUUUUACCUUGAAGACAACCUGCUGGUUCGCAACCUGAGCACCCGCCACAUGCUCUACCUCCAGGUUCAGCAGGACGUGCUGGAGGGCCGUCUGCUCGUCGGUGACGAGACCGCCUUGUCUCUGGCGGCGUACAGCUUGCAGGCACAGAUGGGCAACUACGACCGCUCCAAGCACGGCACCCAGUACUUCCACAGCCCCGAGUACCUGCACAACUCGGUCAUCAACCGCCUGUCCGUCCAGACCCUGCAACAGCGCGUCCCUCAGCUGCACGAGGCGCUGUCGGGUGUGUCGGCCGACGAGGCCGAGCUCUGCUACCUCCUUGAGGCCCAGCACCAGAAGGACUACGGCGUGCACUUUUACCACUUUGAGUCGCGCCACUUUGAUCGCCAGAGCCUCGUUGGCCUGUCGACGCGCGGUAUCGCCACCUACACCGAGUCAAACGGUCUGCGUAGCGUGACCGAGUCCUGGUCAUGGGCCGACCAAGUCGAACUCCGCUUCCACGAGCGCAAGUUUGUCAUCCAAACCGCCGACGCGAUCAUCGCCCUGUACUUCCCCGGCUUCAAGAAGGCUCGCUUCGUCCUCGAGUUUGCGACUGCGUCCCACAAGUACCACCGCAUGGUGCGCACCAUCAUGAAGGAGCUGGACGACAACAACUCGUACCCCGCUUUGCCCGCGGCGUUCAAGUACAGCUACGCCGUGCGCUCGGGUGUGGUUGAGUGGACGCACUCUGUCAACUCCAAGUCCCAGAUUGUCGCCUCGCCGCUGAGCACACUGUCUCGUAAGGUCCAGUACGGCAACGAGCACGUCCACCCGACCAGCACUUUGCUCACGCCGCUUGGUGAGAAGGCUGCCUUCAAGUCUGCCUCGCCCGUGCCUGGCACCUACGGCAGCGAGUCCAAAGCUGCUCAUCUCAAGCAGCUGGACGCCUCGGCCGCGCUUGCUCCAGGCUCCAAGACGCACCGCCAGCGGGCUCUUGAAGCGCUGGUUGGUCGCGAACACGUUAUUCGCCAACUCCUUGCCGAUCUGGAAAAGAGCAUCGAUGAGAAGCGACCCCAGGAGGAGUUUGAGACCCUGCGCAACACGGACACUGAGAUUGGCCAAACGUACGAAGCUGCCCAGCUCUCGUCAAACGCCCCUCGCAACCGCUAUCGCAACAUUCACCCUUACGACUCCAACCGCGUCCUGCUGUCCACCGCUCCCGACGGUCAUGACUACAUCAACGCCAGCCACAUUCGCAUCCAGGCCGGCGCUCGCAAGCUGUCUUAUAUUGCCACCCAAGGCCCAACUGCUGGCACGCUCGAGGACUUCUGGCGCAUGGUGUGGGAGCAAAAGUCGAACGUGAUUGUCGCUGGCGCUCUGGCCGUGGAAAACAACAAGAACAAGUGCAACGUCUACUGGCACGAGCAGCUCCGCGACACGACUGUCUUUGGCAACUUCCAGGUGACAUUGGUAUACGAGCAAGAGUUCCCCGACUACAUUGUGCGCGAACUCGUCAUUUCGGACUUGGCCAACCAGCAAAGCCGCAUCGUUCAGCAGCUCCACUUCCUCACCUGGCCCGACCACGAUGUUCCCCAAAACAUCCCUGCCGCCCUCGAGUUUGUUCAUCUUGUUCGUGAGCGUGCUGACGAGUCGGAUGGUCCAGUAGUUGUGCACUGCAGUGCUGGCAUUGGUCGUACUGGAAGCAUCAUUUUGAUUGAUGCUGCCACCGUCAUGUUCGAGCAAGGCCUUCCGAUCGACGCCCUCAAGCUGCUGCAAAACAUGCGAACUCAGCGCAGCGGUGUGGUCCAGACGUCUGGCCAGUACGUCUUCUGCUACACGGCUCUUGCUCAGGAGCUGCGUGAGAUCCUUGCAUCGAUUGGCGAGGCUUCUGACAACGGCUCCAACUAA